AUGACAGAAGAAUUAAAGUGGCUGAAUUUAUCGAAUGAUAAAGUUGCGGAAACACUAAAAAAUAGUGCACUGACGCAAAAAUUAUUGGAUAUUAUUGCUGUUGCUAAGAACCAGUUGAAAAUUUUUGGAGCGGGUAAUACAGCUACCAAACAACAGUGUACCCUGCUGUACCAUGUUGGCACACGUCUGAAAUCUCAGUGUCACCUACAUAUGCCAUUAAUCGUUCGCCAUAUUAUAAAUGGAAAUAUUCGGACAGAACCACAGCUUGCUGCUGCCAUUGAGUAUUUGCUUAGUAAUGUUGUGAAGUGCCUGAAUGAACAAGAUUUCCUUAAUGCAUGUGGAGUUGGUUUUGUUGUCACUACUGAAGAUAUUAAAGAUCAGGUCAAAGAAUCAGUAAAUAAAUUCAGAUCAGAAAUUAUGGAACAACGAUACUUCUUUAAUUCUGGAAAAAUAUUGAAAGAUGUCAAAUCUAAGCUGAAGUGGGCAGAUGGUUCAGCUAUUAAACAAGAAGUGGACCUUUCUUUAAUGCUUCUUUUGGGCCCCAAAACAGUUGAUGAGCUCAGUUUAAAAAAAGGAAAGUUAAAAGAUACAUCAAAGCAGAGUAUCACUUUGAAACAAAUUGAUGCUGAAGGUGUCGCAACAAAUUGCUCUCAGAAAGAUGCAGAAGGUGCAGAUACUAUUGAGGAAUUGAUGCGAAAUAAAGUUAAUUUUCACAAAGUUGGCGAGAAUUACAAAACAGAUGGUUACGUUAUUACACCAAAUACCAGCAACCUUCUAAAGAAGCAUGUUGAAGACGUGAAAGGAAAGGUUGUUACCCGUUUCCCUCCAGAACCAAAUGGCUUACUACAUAUUGGACAUGCAAAAGCUAUAAAUAUCGAUUUUGGUUAUGCAAAAGCUCAUGGAGGUAUCUGUUAUCUUCGAUUUGAUGACACAAAUCCUGAAAAUGAGGAAGAAGAAUUUAUGGAAAAUAUCACUGAAAUGGUUAAUUGGUUGGGCUAUAAACCGCAUAAGAUCACACAUUCAUCUGAUUAUUUUGAACAGUUGUAUGAAUGGGCGAUUGUUCUGAUCAAAGAAAACUUAGCAUACGUUUGUCACCAAAGCGUUGAUGAGAUCCGUGGCUUCGAAGUAACUGAAUCACCGUGGCGUAAUCGUCCAGUGGAAGAAUCCCUGCAGCUUUUUCAGGAUAUGAGACGUGGCAAGUUUGAGGAAGGAGAAGCGACUUUACGACUGAAAGUUAUUUUGGAAGAGGGCAAAGUGGACCCUGUAGCUUACAGAAUUAAGUACUGUACACAUCAUCGCACUGGCAAUAAAUGGUUGUGCAUUUAUCCAACAUAUGACUAUACUCACUGUCUGUGUGAUUCAUUGGAGAAUAUCACUCAUUCCUUGUGCACCAAAGAAUUUCAAUCAAGACGUAGCACUUAUUAUUGGCUCUGUAAUGCUUUGAAUAUUUAUUGCCCAGUACAGUGGGAAUAUGGACGUCUCAAUAUGUAUUAUACUGUUGUUUCUAAACGAAAAAUCAAAGCUUUGAUCGAUAAUAAAAAAGUAAGUGGUUGGGAUGAUCCAAGGUUAUUUACGCUCACUGCAUUGCGACGGAGAGGCAUUCCUCCCGAAGCAAUAAACAAUUUUAUCGCGCGACUGGGUCUGAGUACUGCACAAGUUUUUAUUGAUCCUCAAGUUUUGGAUGCUACUGUGCGCGAUUAUUUGAACACAUCCGCAUCUCGGACUAUGGCUGUGUUAUAUCCGCUAAAAGUAACGAUUGAGAAUGCUGAUAAAAUUGUUCUUCCAAAGAGUAUAUCAGUUCCCGAUUUUCCAAAUGAUGCAAACUGUACUAAUUCACAUUUAGUUGCUGUAGAUCGUACUAUUUUUAUCGAACAGUCAGAUUACAAAAAGGAUACAAAUGACAGAAAUUUCCGCCGACUAACAAAGAACCAGUCAGUAGGUUUGAAAUAUUUAGGAAUUGUGCUAUCAGUCACUGAAGAGUUAAUGGAUGGAAAUGGAGAAGUAACUGAAAUAAAAGUAAGUGCUUCACAGCUUACUUCAGCAAACAAACCAAAAGCGUUCAUACAUUGGGUUGCAAAUCCAAUUCGUUGUGAAGUUCGAUUGUACAACCGAUUAUUCAAACAUAAAAAUCCAGAAGACUCGAAAGAAGUUCCCAAUGGUUUUCUCUCCGACUGCAGUUCGGAUUCCUUGCAAAUUUUGGAUGCGGUAUAUAUUGAUAAAUCAAUUUCAAAUUCGGUAGUUUACGACCGAUAUCAAUUUGAAAGAGUUGGAUACUUCUCUGUAGAUCCUGACAGUACUUCUGAAAAGUUGGUAUUCAAUCGUACGGUGGAUCUAAAAGAAGAUGGCGGGAAGAAACUGGCUUGA